GUCUCCGGUAAAAAUAAAUCCAGGCGAAAUCAUUCUACUCCAAGAGGCUUUGGCCUUCUUAGAAAGAUUUGCCCGGCAGCUUCUAGUGCAACCGAUUGGAGUAAGAACGACGCCGGCGCAUGAUUCACCUCCACCAGCAUCCGCAACUCCAGACGUCUUCUACGAUGUCAGCACACUGCUCUGGAUGUUUGCUGAGCUGUACACGCAGUUCUUUUUCGCCACUGCCGAGCAGGAAGAUGUUGUUGCGCGGGCCGUUGGUAGAAGUACUUCUUCCAGCGCACCAUCUUCACAAACAAGUCACGCAGGAGCUGUGUCCUCAUCGACCCCAAUUCACACGAUCCUCACGACGCUUUGCGGCUACUUGCUCGAAUAUCGACCGGGGGACUUGGGGCCGCUGAGUAAUUUCUUUUCCCAUUUGAAAGAGCUUAAUCGGGAACAGGUGCUGCCGUCGGAGUUUGUGU